AUGUCGAGCUUGAAUCCUCUUGAUCACGAUUCAUCAUCCUCCACUGUUGUAGUUGAAGUUGUUGUAUUUCUUGUUGUUGCUUUUGCCAUUGCUGGAACAUCCUUGAAAAACUCUCUUCAGCAAGUAUCGCCUUUCUUUGUUGUGCUUGUUGUUCUUGUUCUAUUUGCAGCUGCAACAUCUGCAUCUGCAUCUGCAUCCGCUCCCAGUGUUAUUGCAGCUUCAUGCAUAUGUAAUCCGUCCUGA